AUGUAUCGUACAUCAUCGGAUCGUAAGAAUAUUCUUAUCAAUCAAAAGAAAAAGAUGCAAAAUCAAAAUUCAUCACCAUCCAGUUCAGCUGAUUUAGAUUCUAAACUUACCAGUAUCAUAACAAAUAUUUUGAACAAUCCGAUAUUUAUAAAAUCUAUAGUUGACCAAGUUAAAGAGCAUCUAACACAAAUUCAAGAAACAGUUGCAAAGCAUACAGAUGAAAUAACUGAAUUACAAUUGAAAUCCAAUGACAUGGAGCAAUAUGAUCGAAGACUAAAUAUACUUGUACAUGGAAUACCUGAGAAAGAUGGUGAAAUAACAAAUGAUUUAUUUAUUGAUAUGUGCGAUUCCAUUCAAGUCAAUAUUAAACAAACAGAUAUUAGCA